UAAUAAUAAUAACAGUAUCAUAUGAGGUGUGGUUACGUACUGACUAAUAAUUGUUAUUAAUCGAAUUUCAUAAAAAUAUUGGUAAUUCUUACAGAAUUCCAAAAAAAACCCUAAGUUUUAAUUAAUAUUCCUGUGAAUAAUAAUUAAUUAAAAAAUGGGUUCGCAUAAUAAUCAGGAUUACCAUCGAGCUUCAAAUGCGAUGGUAUUUGGAGGGUUAAUAUCUUACGCAGCUGGUGUACUGCUCGUAAUGUCAUUUACCAGCCCUUACUGGAUCCAGUCGUACCAAGAAACCUUCAGCGAGUUCAAGCACAUGGGACUAUGGGAGUAUUGCUUCAAAGAUUUUCGGUUUCCGCAGUUUCAAUUCGACGAAUUAUAUAAUGGAUGUUAUCAUGUAUUCUCUGACAAGCUCCAUCCGUUUCGAGAAUGGCUGCUUCCGUUCUGGUUGAUGUCGGUCCAAUUUUUCGUAACUGUUGCUCUGAUGCUGUCAUUUUUCGGGCAAGCGGUCAUAGCUCUAGUUCUAGUACGUUGGCCUCUGAGAUUCGUACUGCGAUACGAGUGGAUACUAUCUUCGAUCGCUUGCAUUUGCGAUUUAAUAGCUGGAGUUUUUUUGUUCCUGGCGGUCGCAAUUUUUGGGGGUCAAUGUUGGAGACGCGACUGGCUGCUCUACCCGAACUUCAACUACCUGUCGUGGUCUUACGGGCUGGGAGUAAUUUCAUUUAUGUUCCACAUCAUCGGGGCGUUUUUCCUCUACCUCGACGCCCGAGCUGGCUAUAAAUUGCGAAAGCAAUCGAGAAAUUUGGUGGUGCAAAUGCAACCUAAUCCCCAAAGCCACCACGGGUCUCACCAUGGCUCUCAUUUCGGGUCCCAGCACAGUUCCCAUCACCGCAUGGGAGGAUUUGUAUAAACCCAUGUCAAUAUUAUUAAUGUUAAUUAAUACAAUUAAUUAGAUUUACUAAAAUGUAAUCGAAGCCGUCCAUUAAUGUUAACACCGCGUCGCUUGCAUUAAUUUUAGUUUAAGUACACGUUAAAAUUAUUUUAUUUUCUUACUGCAUAUUAUAUUAUACACUUUUUAUACUUAUGGUAAUUUAAAAAUAAUAAAAUAUGAAAUUAUUAUAAAUUAUAUAUUAAAAUAGUGUAAUGUGCCUCGUAAAUCAUUUUUAAGUAGAGAAUGGGAAUCGCAUGUUUGAAUGUUUGAAAAAUAAAUAUAUGUGCAAUGAGAA